GACCUAGUUGCGUUGUAGCUCACCGUAUUGGAGUAGGCGCACAACAAUUGAAACUGCCAUAAAGUGAAAUGUAUUAUAACCGCUGCAUUAGUUUAAACCUGACCAGAAUAUUAAAUGGUGUAUAAGAUUUAACCCUACAACCGCUACAGCCAGAACUCAACAGUCUCUACUGCGCAGAGCGUCGGCGCAGGUUGUUGCCGUUGACAACACGGCGGUGACGGUGUCACAGCGGCGUUCACGUGACCGGGAAAAACAAACGCGCGACGAUUUGUGACCUAUUGUGCACUGAAGAAGCAUAUUGGUGUUUAGUUGGAUACUGAGAUCUUGAAAGUGUUGGCCUUUGGUGCUUUUAUUUUACAAACGAUCCUGUGAUUGUACUGAACAGUAAAGUAGUGGUUUGACUUGGUAUAAUGCAAAGUAACGCCAGAAGUUCAGAUUCACUAAGACCUCGACCAAGCAGCAUCACAAGUGUUGGUGAAACAAAACGAGUGCGCAAAGUUCCCACCAGGAAGGUUCCUUACAGAGUUGGAUACAGCUGGAAUAAAGGUGGAAGACUCAAAGAGCUGCGAAUAAGGCACUUGGCAAGGAAGUUUCUGAAGAUAUGGAUACGGAACACCUUUGGUCGAAUUCUUCCUCAUGAAGCCAAGCUCUACUAUAACAGUGUGGUCCUGAGACGAGCCUUUGAAGGAUGGAGAGAUGAGUGGUGGGCGUCCAGGAGGGAGUGGAGUCUCACACUGCGGGCCGAGUGUCACUACAGGUAUUACCUGUAUAACUGGACAUUUAACAGUUGGCGAAAGUUUAUAUCAUUGCAGAGGGAAAAGAAGGCUAAAGUGCAGCAUGCUCAAGCGUUUGCUGACAAGCAACGGAUGCGUCUGGUUUGGGACAGAUGGGAGGUUUUCACAGAGAUGAGGAGAAUGAAGAACAAAAUGCUUGAAUCAGCUCUUGAGCACAGCAGGCUCUCAACUAUGCAUUCAGUGUGGAGCAUUUGGCAGAUGAGGCUACAGCAGCAUCAAGACCUUUAUACUAUAGAGGAAAAAGUUCUGAACAGGAGAACACUGACCUCACAGAAGAGGGCUUGGCUUAAAUGGAAAGAAAUGCACUCAGCUGCUCGUCAUCAGAAAGACAAAGAAUCCAAAGCUGCACUUCACUUCAACCGAACUCUGAAAAGAAGAACAUUGACUCAGUGGAUAAAUUAUAUCUCCUGUUGCCAGACCAAAAAGACAAAACAAGCUGUGGCUCAGCAAGUCUGUUGUUUCCACCUUUUGCGAAAGUGUUGGAGUAAAUGGAGCAGCGCACUGGAAGACAAACAGUCCAAAGAGACCCGUUUGCAAGUGGCAGAACAUUUGGCCAUACAGAGCGUCCAGCGCCGAGCACUGGCACGCUGGAGAGCUUACAUGACAUUCUGCAGAGAAGAGGCUGAAAGAAACCAGAUAGCAACUCAGCAUCUCCAACAUCAAUUACUGCGUGCUGGAUUGCGGGGCUUUUCUCUUAAUGCCAUGCAGAACAAAGCAUACAGACUGAACAACAACAUGGCUGUUCAGCAUCGACAGCAAACAAUGAUGAGCAGGUACUGGAAAUUAUGGCAGGGCCGUCUGGAGGAAGCUGAAGACCAGAGUUUUCAACCGCUCACAGAGAUGGCUCAGACUAACUACAGUGUUUUGCUGUUGAGCAGCUGUUUUCAACACUGGAGAGAGAAACUUGCUGACCAGAGACACAUGCAGGAAUUGGAGCUUCGUGCAGACAUUUGGUUUGUAGACCGCACGUUACCUCGGUGUUUCAAGUCAUGGGUCGAGUUCACUCUGCAGAGACGACUGCAUAAACGGAGAAAACACAGAGCUGAAGUCUACAAUCGACAGCGUCGGUACUCUUGGGUGUUUUACACCUGGUGGGGACGGUCAGAGAAGCACAAGGAGGAAAUGCUUUCUGAGCGGAUGGCAAUUCUUCACGAGGAACGAUGUCACAUGCAGAGAGCCUGGGCUCGAUGGAGACACCGCACACAACAACAGGUGAAAGAGGCGGAGAAGCAGGAGGCUUCACAACACCUGUACCUGCACAGACUUCUCCAGAAGACGAUGACCCAGUGGAAGGACAACAGCGCUGAGAUACGAGAAAGGAGACACCGAGAGCAGCAGGCCUGCCAUCAGGAUGACCUGCGCUGCAUGAGAUGGGCUGUAGAAAAAUGGAAAAAGUUUGUUCAGAGCCAGAGGGUGAAGAAAAACAAGCUGGAGCAGAUGCAGCAUUACCAUGAAGUUAAACUUCUCAAACACUCCUUUGUGGCCUGGAAGAAACACCAUCUGCAGAUGUCUCAUGUGUAUGACCAUGCAGAGGAACUUUACAAGCAGCAAAUGCAGCGUUUCCUCAGGCAAGUUCUCGCUGUGUGGAGGGAAAACGCAGCACUGAUGACAGAGGUCCGAGUGGCAGAGCAACAAGCACAGAACCACUUUAAGCACCGACUUCAACUUAAGGUGUUUCUUGCUUGGAGAGAAGUAACUAAAUGUGCAGUGUUGAAACACCACCAGCAGGAGGAAGCACUGAGCAGGGCUCGGAGCUCUAUAAAUCAAGUGCAGCUGCUGCAGUUUUUCAAACAGUGGCGGAAACAAACCGCGGAGGCUCGAAGUGAGAGGAUGUGCAUGGAAAAGGCCAGACGGCACCACAAUUCCAAACUCCUGUCUAAAACUCUGAAAGCAUGGAACAGAUACCACUACCAGCACCAGAAAAAUAAGGUGAUGAAACGACAAGGAAUCUUGUUACUGAGAUUAAAAAUGUACCAGACAUAUUACGAACAAUGGAAAAUGAAGCUGCAGCACAGACGGAGGGAAGCUAAGCAGACAGAACGAGCUCUCUGGCACUGGGCCCUGACUCUGCAGGCCAAGGUGUUGUAUGGCUGGAGGUUGUGGGUCACAGAGCAGCACAGGGAGCAAGAACAAACAGCCAGAGCUGCACAGGUCUACAGAGACCAGCUGCUGAGGGAGGGCGUCACAUGCAUCCUCACAUACGCUGCUCAUAUGAGCGAUCUCACAACGAGCCUCACGCAACGCAGCCAAGAGCAAAGAUCGCAACGUCUCCAGAGAGUUGUUAGACGUUGUGCCAUGCGGUGGAAGCAGCGAGCGCUGUGCAAACCACGAAGAGAGCGAGAGGUCAGAGCGCAACCACCGAAAAAGAGCGUGACCUUCUGUUUGACUGCACCUGCACUGAACAGCAUAUCCUCGUCUGACUCAGCAGAGCACGUAGCGGAAGAUGAACUGCUUAGCAAGCUGGUUCUUAACAGAACACCUCGGCGUCAGCCACGUCGCCACCAGAAGCUCCUUGAAUCGCCAGUGAAAGCGUUGGAACCAACAGGCACCCAGAAACAAACUGGCAGCACCAGCAGUGAGGCAUCUUCGUUUGAGUUCAGGUUUCCUUCACAGGAUGACCGUCUUGCACUGUCGUCCUGCCUCCAUCCUGCUAAAGUCCCUGUUACCUCUACACAUCAGAGUCCCCUCAGAUCUACUGUAUCCUCCUCUGAACCUUGCAUGCCCACCUUGGACUCUCCUCAGGAAGCCCAACACCAAGAGCUCCUUUUACCUCCUUCUGCUUUCAUGACUGCUGAGACUCUGAAUACGUUGGGGAACGGCAGCAGCUCAGAUCUUGGAGAUGCUCCUCUUGUGCCUUUUCACCAGUUUAUCACUUCAUUUAAACACCACUCAUCAACCCAUCCAGAAAUACAUGUGAGGGCUUCCAGUGGAGAAACUGAGAUUCCUCAUGUAGAAGCUGAUGCAACAUCAGGUCUGACAAAAGAGCUUCUCAGCAUUCGCCUAGAGAUGAAGAGCUUCCUGCAGGAGAGAAAGCAACUCCGGGCAUGGCGAAAACUGCAAGAGGUAUUACAGAGUUGGCUGCAGACCAGUGGAAAGGACGAACAUAUGGAAAAAAAUGCAGUUUGUCAAGAGUUAAAGGAGUUGGAAGAGCGCAUCGACAGACUGUCCACCGAGCUGGAAAAACGGAGACCAGGGAUGCUGCUGCACACAGAGAGAGUCCAACAUUUACAGUCAGCCCUCCACACUUCAGGAGUGUAUUUCCUGUGUCAAGAAGAAAGAGAGAUGGAAAUUAAUAACUCUGUGCUUACAACAUGACAGUGAAGAUCCUCACACACUGCCAAAGUGGUUACACCUGCUGCUUGUCUGGAUGGGUGCAUUUUCAUCUUCAAUAGAUGCAUAUUUUGCUGAAAACUUGCUUAAAUUUUAUACCUUCACUGCACUCAGCUGGUGAGGAAAAGCAGAUAUCUUAACACCGCUGCAAUGCUGGUGGUUCUUUUUAAACGUCCUGAAAUUGAUUCCGUUUAUCCAAAAACAUAAAAACCAAGUACCACGGAGCAGUCUGGAGCUCUCCACUAUAAAAUGACGGAAACGUUGGAUAGGGGUCGUCCUUGUGACAGAUGGUGCGUACUAAAUAUUUUCCAUAUGUGUGCAAAAAGUGACUUUACUGUUUUCAGAGGAGCUGCCCUUGCGCAAUAGGUGUUCCAUUUCCCCGUUAGCGCCAGUGCCUCUAAUUCUUUAGAAAAUCUAUGCCGGAAAAUCGGGGAUUUUGGACUAACAGAGGAGACAGCUGUGUGUUCCACUGUGCUGACUGCAUGAGACAAAUUUGUCUGAAUCUUUGAUCUACAGCAGAGCAGAAUGCGGGGACUUUAUCCCAUUUUACUCAUUUUUGUCUUUGUCUGCUGCGUCAGGGGUGAGUGCUGUUACUAGUAAGUCUAUUUAUUGUCAUUGUUCAGUUAUUUAAUGUUGCUCUUCAGCCCCAGUUUGUUGUUGAAUGUUCUAAGUCUGUCCAUCCCUUUGUUCAUGUUGGCAUUUGUUUGCUGGCAUCAUGUUGGAACUUUUGCUUUCUAGCUUUUUAUUAGAGCUGAUCAUUGAUGUAUUGUAAAAGCUUUUCAGUGUACUGAAAUUUUGCUUGACAUUUCCUUUUAAAAAAUAAAUGCACAAAGAAAUUCAUUAAA